ACAGAGUAAGAGAUUCAGUGAAAAAAAAAACACCAUGAAAAUGUUUCUGCUUUUCCCUUCCGAAAGCAUCUUGAAAUUAUGUUUUAUUCUUAUUCUUGUAUUCCCGGCAUUAGUCUCCAGCGACUGUGGGUGUGAAGAGGAUAAUUCUGCCCACGGAAGCAGAGCGGAAACACGGAAAUACAAGGUGGGUGCCAUUGUGGCUAUUCUUGCUGCCGGUGCAAUUGGGGUGUGCCUCCCUUUGCUGGGGCGGAGCAUCCCGGCUCUGCGGCCCGAAAACGAUAUUUUCUUCUUGAUCAAAGCGUUCGCUGCUGGAGUUAUCCUCUCCACGGGAUUCAUCCACAUACUUCCAGAUGCGUUUGAGAAUUUGACUUCACCUUGCCUCAAUCCAAAUCCCUGGGACAAUUUUCCGUUCACUGGAUUCAUCGCCAUGAUGGCCGCCAUAGGAACGUUGAUGAUCGAUUCUUUCGCGACGGGGUUUUACCAGCGGGUGCACAUGGAGAAGCCUAAUAUGAAUGCAGAUCAGGAAUCGGGUGCUGGACAUGACAAUGCAGGUCAUGUACCUGUCCAUACGCAUGGCACUCAUGGCCAUGCUCAUGGGUCUGCAGAUGGAGAUAGAUCAGACCUAAUACGACACCGAAUUAUAUCCCAAGUUUUGGAGCUUGGAAUUCUGGUUCAUUCAGUGAUUAUUGGGGUGUCUUUGGGCGCCUCAGAUAGCGUUGAAACAAUAAAGCCUUUGAUUGGAGCCUUGUCUUUCCAUCAGUUCUUUGAGGGCAUGGGACUUGGUGGCUGCAUUGCUCAGGCAAAAUUCAAGUCUUUGUCUGUGGCAAUAAUGGCAAUAUUUUUCUCCCUCACAACCCCAGUUGGGAUUGCAGUCGGAAUUGGAAUUUCAAGUGUGUAUGAUGAGAACAGCCCUACUGCUCUGAUUGUUGAAGGAGUAUUUAAUGCAGCUGCAGCAGGGAUUUUGAUUUACAUGGCACUUGUUGAUCUUCUGGCAGCAGAUUUUAUGAGCCUAAAAAUGCAGAGGAACAACAAGCUUCAAUUGGGUGCAAAUUUCUCCCUUCUUCUUGGGGCUGGUUGCAUGGCUGUGUUAGCCAAAUGGGCAUGAUUUUGGCUUAUCAAUAAAAAAAAAAAAAA